AUGGAGGCACUCCUCCAUCAAUCCAAGGGCGUGUGCCCAUUCCUCAAGAAGACGUCUCCCGCUACAUUGCGCUCCCUGUCCACCAGCACCCGCCAGUCCCCUGGUGGCGGCACGAUCACGAACCUGCAGUUCAUUGCUCGACGAUGCCCCGUCAUGAACAAGGCUCUGGCCGUCCAGAGUGCCCGAAUCAACAAUCGUCGCAGCUAUGGCAACGUUGCAGCCGGUACUGGUGUCGUCAAGUCUCUGCUCGAGAAAAAAUUGCACACCUCCGCUGAGAAGAAAGCCAGUGUCGACACCAACGUGUUCCGUCCUGCCCAGCAAGCUCCACCACCCCAGAAGGUGAAAGCCUUUGGCAAGCAGCCCGACACCUUCGCUGGACCGAAGCCCCAUGCCCCGCCUGCCCCCCGGUUCAACUAUGAAGGUUUCUACACCAAUGAGCUCGACAAGAAGCACAAGGACAAAUCCUACCGCUACUUCAAUAACAUCAAUCGUCUGGCUAAGGAGUUCCCUCGUGCCCACAUGGCCGCGCAGGAGGAGAAGGUGACCGUCUGGUGUUCCAACGACUAUCUCGGUAUGGGCCGCAACUCGCACGUCCUCAAGACCAUGAAAGAAACCUUGGACAUGUACGGCGCCGGGGCCGGAGGAACGCGAAAUAUCUCUGGGCACAACCAGCACGCCGUGGCCCUGGAAAAGACCCUGGCGGACCUUCAUGGCAAAGAAGGAGCCUUGGUUUUCUCGUCGUGCUAUGUCGCCAAUGAUGCUACGUUGGCAACUCUGGGCAGCAAGUUGCCGGACUGUGUGAUCCUCAGCGACAGCAUGAAUCACGCUUCCAUGAUCCAGGGCAUUCGACACUCAGGCGCAAAGAAAAUGGUCUUCAAACACAACGAUCUUGCCGACCUGGAGGCGAAACUCGCCAGCCUAUCGCCCGAAACCCCGAAAAUCAUCGCCUUCGAGUCCGUCUAUAGCAUGUGCGGCUCUGUUGCCCCGAUCGAAGCAAUCUGCGACCUGGCAGAUAAGUAUGGUGCCAUCACGUUCCUCGACGAAGUCCACGCCGUCGGAAUGUAUGGCCCGCGUGGCGCCGGUGUGGCCGAGCAUCUCGACUACGACGUCUACGCCGACCCGAACAGAACCAAGGAAUCCCAACGCGGCACCAUCAUGGACAGGAUCGACAUCAUCACGGGGACCCUCGGCAAAGCAUACGGCUGCGUCGGCGGCUACAUCGCCGGUUCCAGCGCCUUGGUCGACACGAUCCGUUCUCUUGCACCCGGCUUCAUCUUCACCACCUCCCUCCCCCCAGCGACGAUGGCUGGCGCACGCACCGCCAUUGAAUAUCAAGCUCGCUAUCAAGGAGACCGUCGCCUCCAACAACUUCACACCCGCGCCCUGAAAGACGACUUGACAGCCCGCGGGAUCCCCGUCAUCCCGAAUCCUUCGCACAUUGUCCCCCUCCUGGUCGGGGACGCCGAGACCGCAAAGCAAGCCUCGGACAUGCUCUUGACCGACUACGACAUCUACGUCCAGAGCAUUAACUACCCUACCGUCCCGCGCGGCGAGGAACGCCUCCGCAUCACCCCUACGCCAGGACAUACCGCAGCCCUACGCGCCGAGCUCGUCGAAGCGCUCGAGAACGUGUGGAACAGACUCUCCGUCAAGCGCGUCGCGGACUGGGCAGCCCAAGGCGGCUUCGUUGGCGUGGGCGUCAAGGACGCCGAGCCCGUGCAGCCGCUUUGGACGGACGCGCAGCUCGCGGACGCGGAUCAGAGUUUCGCUGCGGAGACACGCGCCGAGGAAGUCACGGAUGAGAGAGUCCCCAUCGUGGCCGCCGCCGCGGCUUGA